UACAGAAUAGAAUUUGUAUUCAUAUUGUUUAUUGAGAAUGAGUUCAUCAAAUAGUCGUUAUGCCACCAAGAAGCAAGAUAACGCAGCAAAGGAUUUGCUUGAGGUGGGAGAUCCUUCUAACAGAAAAGGUGCUAGUAAAGGAGAAGGGAAAACAAAUGGACCCAGCACCGGAGAACUUCAGAAACCCGAUCCAGAGACUAAAGAACCAAAGGGUUCUAGAAUCAAAGCUCGAAAUUAAACAAUACCAAAUCACAAACAGGUUUACUUUCAAGUGCUUAUGUGGAAAGAAAAUAUACAGCAACUCCAAGAUUCAGUGUUCUUAUUUCCAACUUCGUUUAGAGUAUAGUGUUUACAAACUAAUGUGACCUAAGAAAUAAGUGUAAGUUGUUAUUAGUUAGUAAGUUGUUAUUUGGGAUUCACAUGUCUUUAUUUAUUUUGGCACAAGUUUGUAUUUGUAUUUGUAUUUGAUAAAGUAGCACGUUAUAAUUAAUAAGAUUCAAGUUAAUAAUGAGAUGUGGG